UUACAAAUACUACGUAAGUCUCCAUCAAACAUCGUCCGACGUCGACGUCGUAAUAUUUAUCAUAGGAAUUUUAAAAAUAAUUGCUUGAAAUCCUCUACGUAACUUCUUUAACUUUAAAAUGCAUGUAUAUGCUAGUUAACUUUAAUAGAACUUUAUGUGAAUUGUGAUUUGGCUUAAUCUAUAGUUAUAUUACGGAACCUGAAGAGCCUUCCAAUUUCCAGACCAAAGUUUUGUACUUCAAGGAGGUAACUAUAGCUGGUCUGUAAAUUAGUAGAGUUGGUGCUGUAUAUGAACAACUGUACUAUUAAAUUCCUCUAGCUUGGAUGAAUACAAAAUAAUCUUAUUUUAUACGUAAAAUUGUGACCUGCAGCCAAUGUUGGCGUUUUUCAAAACAGAUAUUAACAAAGCUGGUACUCUGGAGUCUGGACCACCCGCGGGCAUAAUAAUAUAUGCAGUUUCUGAGUUUUACCCGCAUAGUCCCCGCCCCCCGGGGAUUUCCAAGAUAAAAAAUAUAAUAAUAUCUUUCUCGAGUCUCAAACUAUCAUUGUACUUAUAAUACAUCGUAAUGGGUUCAGUGUUUUAGGCUUAAAGAAGACAGACGCACUGAAGAGUCAAGAUGGAGUGGGUUCUUAGGGGACCUCAGAUUCAUAGUACAUUCAGUAAUCUUGGAUUUCAACAUGCAGAAGGAUAUCACAUAAAUGAAAAUUGCAAUGCUGCGUUGGAGUCCAUCCUUCAUAACAUUUUAACGGAGGAUAAGAAUUUACGCACUUAUCGUAGAAGCAUAAGUUUUGGACAAAACAUCAAGAAAGAUAUAAUACCCCUUUUAAUAAAUGUUAAAGAUGAUAAAACUAUCGAGUUACUCAUCAAGAUACUUGUGAAUUUAACUAUACCUGUUGAAUGUUUACUUUGCGUGGAAACGAUAUCACACACUGAUAUCGGAAGGCACACUAUAUUUGAAAUCAACAGCCUUCUCGCUUCUACAAAAUCUGCAUUUAUUGACCAUCGGGCGACGAAAGUGGUCAUAGAGUUUCUGAAGAAGAACUCUGAUGUUGAACAGAAGCCGAAGUUAUCUUCAGAGAGUUGUGCUAACAUCAGUAACACUCUACUGUUCUUACGGAAUAUUCUUCAUAUCCCAGAAGACGUGAACAGUAUUUCAAAUUAUAACAAUCCUCCACAUACUAUUCAAAAUCAAAUAUUAUGGAAUAUUUUUAGUCAAAGCAUUGACAAAAUUCUCAUUAAAUUAAUGACGAUCCCAGAUUCGAUAAAUUGGGGUGUGACGAUGGUUCAGUUGAUAGCUUUACUUUAUAAAGAUCAGCAUGUUACAACAUUACAUAAACUUCUCAACAUGUGGCUUGAAGCAUCGCUAUCGGAGAGUUCGGAGGAUAAUGAGAGUAAUACUUCGCCACCAAAUAGAGGUAGUGAUGACUCGUCUCCAAUGCUGACAUCGGACCCGACCUCUGAUUCCUCUGACACGGGUGGAAGCGGUAAAAUGAACGACGAAUCCAACUCUCCCAAUAAUAGUUGGGACACAUCGAGGAAUAUAAGUGAACAAAAUUUCCCAUCAGAUAGGAGGGAGGAUAAAUCAUCCAGCCAUAUGCUAGAUUCCGGUCAAGAAAAUUCAUAUGACGACAUGAAACAGUCGAAUGAAAGGAUGAUCACGGAUAAUCAAAUGACAAAUAAUCAAAUGGAUAACAAAAAACAUGAGGAAGGUAUGAAUAAAAAAAUGAAUUCGGAAACGUCUGAUUGUGGUUAUGGAACACAAAUUGAAAAUCAAGAGGUUAUAUCGACUUCAAGUAAUGAAGAUGAAUUACCAUCAAAAAAGCCGGUACAUCAAAAACCUCACAAUCCAAAACAGAGACCGAAUAACAAAGUUCGUGCAAGUGUUACGUUGCAAGAGAGAAAAAGGAAGAAAAUUGUCAAAAGAGGAAAAGCUAAUAUAAUAAACGUACAAGGGCUGACGCACAAUACGCCAACGGAUGACGACAUAUCUAACGUCUUGAAAGAGUUCACAGUAGAUUUCCUUUUAAAGGGAUACAAUUCAUUGGUUCGAACGCUACACACGCAGAUCCUGACAAAUUUGCAAUUGCAAAUAGAUACCUCACAUUUUUUCUGGCUUGUCACGUAUUUUCUUAAAUUCGCGACUCAGAUAGACAUAGACUUGGAGCACGUCUCGUCUGUUUUAUCCUUCGAUAUUGUGUUAUACCUAACAGCGGAAGGAGUCAAUUUGUGCGAACAAUUUGAACUAGCCAUUAAAUUAGACGGCAACGAUUUAAAGCCAAGUAUUCGCAGACUGCAUUUGGUGGUGACAGCUAUACGAGAGUUCGUCCAAGCAAUUGAAGUUUAUAAAAAGUCGGUUCACAUUUGCCAACAUGAUAAGAAUAUAUUGAUCAACUUGCAAAUGAAAAUGUGUGAAACGGAAGAGCUACGUUCAUUACUUGUACUUCUAUUGCGUCAUUAUAAUCCGAAGUACCAUUCCAAGCAAUAUUUACAGGACCUCGUGGUUACGAAUCACAUUUUAUUGAUGUUUUUGGACAGUGUUAUGAAAUUACCAGAUUACAAGGGAUCUGCGAAAUUAAUUGACCACAUCAAGCAGUUCGCUACACCAGAGGUUAUGUACCAGUAUGGACUCUUGUUAGAAGAUUACGAAGGCAACGGAGAAUUUGUAAAUGAUUGCGUAUUCACGUUGAUGCACCAUGUUGGCGGUGACUUGGGCUGUUUGAUUUCACUCUUCCAACCGAAAAUAUUGAAAACUUUUACAUCUAUAUGGAAAUCUGAGUUUGAAAUUUGCGAUGAUUGGUCCGAUCUAAUAGAAUAUGUUAUAAAUACAUUUGUAAAGAAACCGCAUACGUUACAACGUACGGCAAGCUUCCGAUUGGAUACAGAAAGUUUUGAUGACGACAAAAUUCUUAAAGAACUUAUUGAAAAUGAAGAUGUGUCCUCUAGUAGGGCCAUUGUCAACUAUGAUGCAAGCGUAAAGGACAGGUGGACAGACGACGAAUUAUCAGCAUUUAAUUGGAUAUACAUGCAAAGUAGCACAUCAACAGAUACUGUGGGUGAAAUUGUAAGAUUAUUUAAAGAAGAUGGCAUUAUCAAAACUCGCGACGCGGUCAUUAGGCAGCUCCAUAAACAAUCAAUUAUAGACAAAAAUGAAUUUGACAAGCUUAUAAAGGAAGAAUCCGGAAAAAGUUCAAAGAAUUCCGAAAUCAGAGAAGUGAAAGAUGACGAUAAUAUAGGAAAACUAUGUGAAUACAUGACGAAGGAUGGAAAAUCGAAGUUUUUGAAUUGGGUUCAAAGUGUCCUGCUCGAAACGUGUUUUACAAAAAUAUAUUUAGAAAAAAAGAAAAUAGCCAAAAAAGCUGCUGAGAGUGAAACUGCCGUUAAGGACACCACUAAAACACAAAAAAUGUAUCAUGCAGUGCCCAAAAAGAUUGAAGAAUUGCCUGUCAUGUCAUCCGUUUCGUAUCAUUCCCUUUUGUUCAAUCAGUCUGUGCCUCUAGUACCAUGGAAUUGCGAACAAGCGGCCAUAUGUAAGGAUCUGAAGUUCCUGCAGCUUUUACAUAAAUUAGGUUUCUAUAUGCCCGUUGAUACUGGUAAAGUUUUCAUAAGAAUACCUUAUUUCUGGACACCCGACUUACUCUAUGAAGUUGCAAGCAAAAUUUCGUCUAUUGACGCAUCAAAUCUAAAGUUCUCCUUGAGCGAUAUAUCGGAAAGUAGCGUUUUGAGCUCAUCUGUGACCGCCAUUCCCGAGCCAAAGGACAUUCCAAUGACGUCUAUUCCGGAAAAUUUCUUUCAAAUUCACAAACAGAAACAUAUCGCAUCUAUCGUCAAUUUUACACCCAUGCCUGGUUCAUCAUUUAACAUGGCGUGUGACGAACACGCAGUUCCUAGUUGGUUGGACGUUGUACAAAAAUCUCAAGAAUUUAAACUUACUCUGGAGUUGGAAAGGACGAUUAUUCAAAGUGAAAUAUCUGCGAACAAGCCAGAUGGGCAAGAAACUACGGCGAAGACAUCUAGAACAACAGAGAUAAAUAAAGAGGAGCGUGAUGUAGCAGCCGAGUCUACUCUUUUGAUCCCUACCGACAAUGAAGUCAAGGAAGAGCCUUCUAACUUCAAUAUCAGUCAAGCGGAAUCAGAAUAUUGUAAUAACAGUUCCUGCGAAACUGCAUCGGUCGCUUCAGAUCUCACAAGAAUGUACGUAUCGGACGAAGACGAGAAGCCCGAAGUGAUACACCGACCAGCGGCUGAUAAACAUUUUAAUGACGAUCAAAAUUCUAGCGAUCUAGACAACAGCGCCGGGAAACGUGCACGCGUGCAUUUCUCUCCACCUUUUUGAAAUAAAUCUAAUCUAUAAACGUGACGUAACACACAAAGUAAAUGAUAAUUAGCAUCUAAGAUAGUUUAUAACGGUGUUUUCUAUGGUUUUCGGUAUUAACGCCUAGCUUAGUUUCGUUGUAUCAGAUCGUAUUUAUAGUUUUAAUAAAUGUUAGUAGAAUUUUUAGUUUAGUUUAAAUGUCUAUGUGACCAGUUAAUGUACGAGUUAUAUGAAAUUAAAUUAGAUUUAAAUGUUGUA